AUGUUGUUCCCUUUUUUCCUUUGCUUUGUAGCACUUUUAACGAAAUUGACAUUUCAAAAGCAUAUACCUUACUCUAACAUCGCAUCGCUAAUUGGCCACGUCAAUUUUAUCGUGCCGACGUCGAAUCUGUUGAACAGCUCUGUUCUCCUUUCAAGUGUCAACGGCAAUGUGGGGUUUCUAAAUUACAAAACAGGCACCCUCGAUUAUGUGAAAAACCAUCGAGAAAAUGAGAAAAUAAAAAAACUGCACGGAGAUGACAACCACGCAGCUGUGUUGAUAUGUAGAGACCCUUUGGAAGAAAAUGCAGUUGAAGCUAAUUACACAAAUGAUGGGGAGGCGUACUCAUACAUUAACGUGUACAGCACGCUGGACGCACAUCUGCUGAGCUCCUUCGAGUAUAGGAAUGAAAAAAUUGAAGAUUUUUUAAUUAAAGAAGAGAACAUAUUUAUCCUCCUGCGCAACAGAAUAGAUGUAGGCAAUAUAAGCAGCAACAAAAUGAACUCGCUAAUUUUUCAGGAGCUAAAUUUAAAAUGCAUUUAUGCCAAAGUGAUCGGGGUGGAUAACAUGAAGGUGUCCCUAUUCUAUGUGGACGCUGAAUUUUCUGGCCACUUAGCACUUGUGAACGUUGCAAGUAGGAGUCUAGAAAAUGACACCAAAAUUAGCCAACUUAAGGUGAACGAAAAAAUGGUUAAUUACGUAAAUGUAGUGAACAACAGAAGCGUUAUUGUGGUGUAUAAUGAGGAGCUCCUCCAGUGGGUAGAAUUACUAGAGGGGGGGAAUAAGUACCUCUAUGGGUCUGUGUCAAUAGGUGGGCACGAUGACAAGGCGGGGAAGGAAGAGACAAACGAACGAGCAAAUAACGUAGAUAUUGGAGAAACCACUGGAAAGCACAACCCCCUUAGGGAUGACUCCAUGGCGCAGUGGAACACGGAAAAUUGCUUCGUCGUACAGCUGGGGGGGAACCAACUUGUGUACUCCUACAACGAUGAGAAGAUGCACUUGGUAAAGGAGAAGGACAAAAAUGAAGCCAUAGGGUACUACAUAAAUGAGUAUAAAGAAAAGGAGAUCAUAUUUGCAGAAGAUAAGGGUAGCAAAAUUGUUAUUAAAAAGGCGGGGAAGGAAGGAACUCUCCCCCUGAAUGUUCUAAACAAAAGUAGUAACGUAUACUACCACGCAGAGAUGAUAAUCGGUUUACAUAAUAGGGAAGAAAAGGCCAACUACUUCUUUAGUGUGUACAGUGAUUCAUCCCUCACUGUGUAUAAAAAUGACCACGUGCAUUAUUCGAGAGAAGAAUCGCUAGCGUACGUGGAGCAACUGCAUUUUUACAACUUCCAACAUUUGAAAAAAAAAAGAGCAAAACAUUCCUAUGAUACGACUCAAUUUCAUUUAAUGAAAGAGUUGGAGAGCUACAUAAAGGACAAAAUAAAUUCUUUUAAUAAACCUUUCCUAGAAGAUGUUAUGAAAAAAAAAGCGGAAAAGUCCCUGCUCCCAUUUAACUUUUUUUACCUAUCCCAUGGGGAUAAAAUGAACUUGCUCAAUAUUUGCAUGGAGAAAAAGAAGAAGGCCGAUUUGUUAGCUAACUACGAGAGGGAAAGGAAACCAUCCGAUGGAAAAGCUCCCGGGAGUGAUGCACAUAGCAUGCGCAGCGGCGAUCAUACCUUCAACCUUAUGAAUGACAUGAUCGAAGAGGCGUUUAAAAAGUAUGAACAAAAUCAGAGCGGCAAAUACGCUGGGAGCUCCGUAAUCCUCGUCUCCACACGCAACAAUUUCAUCUUCGCCAUACACCUGUACACGGGCCUUAUACUGUACAAAAUUGAUGGCAAUAAAUUUAAAGGCGUAAAGGAAGUGCUCUCUCCAAAAUGGAACUGUGAGCAGCUCUUCAGUUUGAAUAAGGACAACUGGUCCGAAUUGGACAACGGGAAGAAAAUAAUCUUCCUGAAUAACCAGAAGGGGUGCCCCCCCUGGGGGGCAGACCCCGCUAGCGAAGGGGAAUGCAGCAAAAGUGAGCCGAGCAAAGGCGAGCAGAGCAAAGAUCAACCCAGUUCAAACCAACCCGGCCCAAACCAACCCAGUUCAAGCCAUCCCAACGGAGGGGACCUCCUAAAUUAUAGCAACGGAGUGCACCUGUUUAAAAGCUUCACCAAAGACACGGUAAUUGCGAUCUUUAAAGGGGACAAUUUUGCGCACAUAGUCAUCUUUGACAUAUUAAGUGGGUCCAUCAUUUUUGAGGAGAAACUCGAGUCCUUUGACAUUAAGAACAUUUUUAUCGACCGAAGAGGCUCGUCAAUUCUGGCGGUGGACAACUCGCUGAAUGUGAAGGUGGUGCCCGUUCCGGCUAGCAGCUCGACCAGCGGCUCGACCAGCGACCCAGAGGAUGACCUAUUUUUUUACCGCAUGAACGGGUCGAGCAACUUCAUCGAAGGCUUCAAGCUGACCAGCUCGCCGCGCAAAAAGGGACCCGGGAGCGAACUGGGGCUAAUACGAACCUACUCGAUAAAUCUGCACAAGGAAAAACUGGAGGUUUUUUCCAAGUCGAUAACAAAGAAGGACACCUUUUACCCAAUCAAAAUAAAUAAAGACGCGUCCAUAUGCUACAAGUACGUGAAUGAUAACAUCAUAUCAUACAUAACAAGCGUCGAACAGAAGGAGGGCAUCACAUAUACGCUCUACAUCAUUGAUGGCAUUACUGGAGAUCUUAUUAUUUCGAAAGUGUUAGACAAGCACACGAACCCACCUUUCCAUUUAAUGAUAAGUGAAAAUUUUGUCAUUUUAAAUUAUUUUAAUGCGAACUUGAAAAAAUAUAUCAUUCAGGUUAUUGAAAUACUGCUGGAUAAGAAGGACCCCGGCUUCUUCAAUUUGAUAACUUCCAAAAAGGAAAAAAUUGUGGAUUUAUUUGACCAGAAGAAGAAGAUCCUCGUAAAUGAAAAAAAUUACAUCAUUGAUCAUAACGUCAAAUCUUUUAAUUUUACAGAAACGAAAAGAGGAAUAACAAAUAAACAUAUUUUGCUUCUUCUUGAUUCGAACAAAAUAACCUCCUUAAUUUUGGGGCCAGAGAAAGAUCAAAAUGUGUAUAAAAAUUUGAACACGUUCAUUACGCAAACGGAUAUUUUAUACAAUUCUAGGGGGUUCAUAUCUAAUGAAAGUUUGCUAGAAUCUACUACGCUCGUAUUUUCGUGGGGAAACUAUCUCUAUUUCACUUGUUAUCAGCCGAACGGAUCAUUUGACACCAUCGAAAAUUUUAAUUUACUCCUACUUCUCUUUUUAAUCAUUUUGGUGUUCAUUGGUACGUACAUAUCUUACAUAAGGAGGAUAAACAAAACUGUGUAUGCCAAGUGGGCCUGAGUUGGGCCCUCACCAGUGGGGGGGAUACGAAGCGACUGCUCUCGUUCCUUCAUAAAAUGUAGUCCCACGUGUGGGCGCACAUAUGGAUAUACAGGUGCGUAGUGAAGUGCAACUUUGACCUGAUGGGAGACUUGGAAUUUUUUUGAAAAAAAUCGCCAGUUUUUUCCCCGUCCCUUCCAUAAUUAUUUUAUUUAUUAACUUAUUUAUUAUCUAUGUAUCUACUUUUUUGUCGAAUUUACAUUUAGAUGAAUUUUUUUAAAAAAUGAAAGAAAAAAAAGCUUGUCACUUAAAGCGCCAUUUUUUAAUUAAAAAAGUGUUU